GACGUGGCUGCUGGGUUACUUUGCUGGCCGAGGUGGAGCAACGACUGGAGCUGGGAAACAGAGGCCAAGGGAGAGGAUGGGAAACUGUCUCCUGCGGGGUGUCAGCUGCUUAGAUCAUCAGAAGGAGCCCAGGAAGAAAAACGGAGGAAGGAAGCAGCAGGAAGUGACCUCUUCUGAGAGAGAAAAUCAAAGCCAAGAUAAAAAAAGUAAAGAAGUUCCAUCCACUUCUGCUGAGGAGGACGUGGUGGGCAGCAGUUGUGAAGAAGUGUGCUACACGGUCAUUGAACACCGCAGACCCCCCCCGAACUAUGACCAUGGUUAUGAGAACAUCUGCUCCCUCCUAGAGGGAAGGCUGCACAGGGAAGGAGUAGAGACCGAAUAUGCCCUGCUCCGGACAGCCUGUGUCUCCAGGCCUUCUUCCUUUAACCUUGAUCAUGACUAUGAACUUGUGCUACCCCACUAGGAGCUGCACAGACACAAAGACACACAGACCUGUGGCAUCAGCAAGGCAGAAAGCCGCUGUCACACAUUUAACCAGCGUUUAGGAGUGACACCCUUUAUUAUGUAUUUGGGGCAUUCUUGUGGUUUGGGUAAAGGUGUACAAAUUGGCAUCUGCUAUACUUUCUCUUUGUAAAGUCUGGGGAGGUGAAAAUGGUGGAAAAACAGAUCCUCAGUCGUGAUCCUGCUCCCCAAAUCUGAUGCUAGCAUUCCCACUGGUGGUUGAUUUUGUUUUUAUGGUGUAACCUCAGUGAUGUCUUAGAAUAUAAGACCAGUGACCAAAUCCUUUGCAGAUCUAAUGCUGCAUUUUUGCUGCUACCAUGUGUUGAAGAGUCUCACUUGAAGAUUUGUGGUAGCAGUUCUAGAAUCAGUAGAAAGCUGUUGAGUGCACAUAUCACCAUGCAUAAGGACUUUAGCUCAAGACUCCACUCCCCACUUGUAGGAGGGGAUGCUUCAGGAGCUGUGAAGAAGAUCUACAGUCCUCUCUCUCUCUUCCUCCCUCUUCUCUAUUUCUCUCUGUCCUAUUUAAAUAAUGAGAAGAAAGGGAUAAAAAGAAGAAAGGGCCAGGUAUACUUUAACUUUAUGAAUACAGCUGCCAGACCUGCAUAUCAGGAGUCCCACUUGACAUAUGUGUGCACCUAUUCCCACACUUUCUGUAUUUUUUUUAGCCUUAGUCUCCUCUUUCACAGAGGGGGUUUAAGUGAACCACCCCAUCAUUGUCCAACCUGGUUAGUUACUCAGGAUCAUCCAUACAAUGAUGUUGAUGGAUGCCAUAUUUAUUUAUCAGACUCAGUAUUGUGAUUAUGCUUAACUUGCCUUUUGAUUCAACUGCAUUUGAGUUCUCUUUGAAAUCUUUCUCAGUGACUUUAUGACCAAUGGACCUACUUGAGUUUUCUAGUCAAACUUUCUAGAUCUGAGAGGAGGUUACAAGGAACCUGAGAGGAUGUGGGAGACUCAGUGCAGGAUAGUGGAAGACUUCAGUUGGAAGUGGGAAAAUCAAGCUUAGACACCUAUCACAGGGAGAUAAGAUACUUUAUUUGUGUG